ACUCCCCUUCCCCUCUAGGAAUCUCGGGCCUGUGGCUCCUGUUAACCCUUGCGGAGCCGAGUGGCAGGAACCUUUUGGCUGCUGGGGCGGAGAGCGAGGAGAGGCUCCCGGAUUCUGUCUGGAAAACCCUGCAGGAUCAGGCCCCGAGGGCAGCAGGAUCCUCUCCCCCAGCUGGUUCCCCAUGCAGGAUCCAGUGACCCCUGAGAGCCAUAGUAUCAUUAUUAUUUUUUGUUAUUGUACAGUAUAUGCCUCCUUUUCCCUAAGUCUGGGAGUCAAGGUAGCUUUCAGAUAAAGCAGGAAGACAUAUAUAAUCCUUAAAAAGGAAUUCUCCUCUAAUAAAGAUAGAUAGAUACAGCUAUUGAAGAUAUAGCUAAUAAACAUAAAAAGAAGCAACAAGGGGGUCAUCUCUCUUGGACCUGGUCCUCACCUAUAGGGAGGAACUGACCCACGAAGUAUUUUUAUUUUUAUUUUUAUUAUUAUUAUUAUUAUAUAUAUUAAAUUUUCAUACCACCCUAUAUGUGCAGAUCUCAGGGCAGCUCACAAUAUAAAAUCAGAAUAUAAAAACAAAAUACAUAAACAAAAAUAUCCCAAUAACACCCCCCCCAAAAAAACAAGUACUGGGAUCUUUGUGAGGAAGUGACCAUUUCCAAGUAAAAUGGGAUCCUGUCUUCCUGGGUUUCAUGAGGCAAAGGCAAGGGAAAGCUGAGUGGAGUCGGUGAGGCACUCUGGACUUUAAGAAGGCUGAUAUCCAGAAAGCGACAUCUAGAAACACGCCCCCCCCCCGAAGGACACAUGUUUAAAGCAGAGCCAGCUUGGCCAGAACCCACCGACAUCAUCAUUACCAUUUGUAUUAAUGUUAUGUUUUUGGCCUGUCUUUUUCCAGGACGGGAAGUCAAGGCAGGUUACCGUUAAAUUGGAAAAGUGAUUAAACUUCAAGAGAGUUAAAAUAUAUAUGGAUAUAAAGGACUAUUAAGUAUUGAUAUUAAAAAUAAUAAAAGGACAGCAACACCAGCCUUUCCCUCAAAAACAGCCAGUUUCCAGAAGCUUAUUUGGCAUAAGGUCUUCACCUGCCGGCAGCCCAUCUGACUUCCCUAGGGCAGGAGUUGCAAAGUCUGGGACUAGCCUAAUCCUCCAUGAAUGGGCCUCAUCCCCGUUCCAAGCCACUAUGCUUCCUGGGGGAAGAGAUUCUGUAGUUCAUGUGCUGUAGGAAGUAUCUUAUCUCCUCAGGUUCUGGAGUUAACACCUGGUGGACAGAAAUGCUUUUCUAACCACUUUUUCUAACCCAUGCAUUAUUUAAAAUUAUAACACAUAUAAAAGCAUCAUGAAACAUCAAACAUUAAAAACUUCCCGACCCAGGGCUGCCUUAAAAUGUCUUCUAAAAGUUGUGUAGCAAUUUAUCUCAAUGACAACUGAUGGGAGGAAGUUCCACAGGGUUUGGUUUGACCAACACCUACAUGACCAGUGUAGGAACGAUAAAAUACAACUAAAAUCAGCUUAGGCCCUUAAAAUCUCCAGUUUCCUUAGGAUAAAUCCCUUAAAAUUAUUAUAAAGAUGCGUAAGUGCAAAAUACGGAACGUUAAAUGCAAGGAAUGUUUUAUGUGCCAAAGGAAAUAAACUCUGUAUUUGUAAAUUUAACUCUCCUCCGGAAAUCAAUCUGCAGCAUAGCAACCAUAAGGAACGUUUCUGUGUUUUGCAGCUUCUGGAAAGACCUGAGAGAUGAAUGUCAGAUCCUAUGGGAAGGAUGCAGAAGAACAAAGAUGUGUAGGAAAAACUGGAAAAUGAAAAUGGGGAAGUAGGCACCCCACCUGAGAAUAAGCAAUAUUAAACAAUAAAAUUAUAUACACUUACAUAUAUAAAUAUAUAUAUAUUAUAUGUGUUUGUGCACGCAUGCUACAAAAGCAGGAUCUGAUUCAAGUUGUUUAUUAUUAUUAUUUAUUAACAUUGUGUUUAUAAUCCAAAGCCCCCCAAAGCUUCAAGCCCAAGGGGUUGACUGUCUUGGGCACACAGCCCAAACAGGACAAGCAAUGUGUAGCUGCAGGUAGGUAGCCGUGUUUGGUCUGCCGUAGUCGAAACAAAAUGAAAAAAUUCCUUCCAGUAGCAUCUUAGAGACCAACUAAGUUUGUUAUUGGUAUGAGCUUUCGUGUACAUGCACACUUUGUAUCUGAAGAAGUGAGCAUGCGCAUGAAAGCUCAUACCAAUAACAAACUUAGUUGUUCUCUAAGGUGCUACUGGAAGCAAUUUGUAGUUUUGUUCUUUAUUAGGAAAGCACUCCGUUACAUCAACAAGUUUUGGAGCCACAGCAGGACCACAGGUCCAGCACCAAGGGCCUUCUGAUGGUUCCCUCAAUGUGAGAAGCUACAGGGAAGCAGGCAGAGGGCCUCCCAUCAGAUGUCAAAGAGAUGAGUAACCUUGAAGACAUCUGAAGGCAGCCCUAUAGAAGGAAACCUUUUAAUGGGAGAUGUUUUUAUAUAUGUUGGGAGCUGCCCAGAGUGGCUGGGGCAACCCUGUUAGAUGGGCAGGGUACAAAUCAUUGCUGUGGUGGUGAAUAAAAAAAGAAAGCUGGUAAAAGACUGUGUAAAGACCUCAUCCACACUGGACUUUAAGGACUUGAAACUGCUUGUGUCUCUAUAUUUUAUUUUGCCUCAUCUACACAAUCUCUCUUUCCUUGUCUAAUGCAAGCCCACUCUUCACCCUCCUAUGUUCAGACUGCCAUGAUGGAAGGAGAAGCCAAUAAACCAAGAAAAUCUAAUACAAAACCCUGUUACUCAACUGUGGACAUUAGGAGGCAGACUAGGCUCAAAAGGCCUCAGAACAAGCAAACGACUAUGAUUAAACAGAGGGAGGUAAGCAAGAUUAAAAGCAAGCAAAGAUAAAGAAGCAAUUUCUAACACAGAGUACAAUCUUUGGUUUGCUUCCUGUAGGAGAUCUUGAUGUGAUUGAAGAUCUUUCCCCACUCCAACCCCUUCUAAGAUGUUUUCCUAUGAGUUCUUUGAUGCCGAGUAAGGGAACUACUGUGACAAAAGCUCUUCCCACACUGCAAACAUUCGUAAGAUUCGUCCCCUGUAUGAAUUCUUUGAUGUUUAGUAAGGUGGCUGCUGCAAUAAAAGCUCUUUCCACAUUCUAAACACUUGGAAGGUUUUUUAUGUCUUGUGAGGCGGAUACUGUCACUAAAGCUCUUUCCGCACUCGCAGCAUCUAUAAGGUUUAUCCCCUGUAUGGGUUCUUUUAUGUCUUGUGAGGUGGCAACUACUAACGAAGCUCUUGUCACAUU